AUGCCUCAUAUGGAAAUGUCAAUAGAGCCCAUAGUCAGUACCAGACAGAUUACAUAUGGUGUGAUUCUUCGUGCCAUCGAAAGCAGGAUAAGGGAAGUCGUUGCGGAAAGUUUAGUCCUUCCAUUCUGGGACGAUAUACCAUUCCUAGAUACCGAACACGAAACCUUCCGUGGUGGUAUUUGGCAUCACCCCCCAAAACGCCCGCCGAAAACUGUGAUCCCUGACGAACCUGAAGCACAACAAGAACCCCUUGACCCGGUUUCUCCGCUCGUUCCCGUGCCCAAUAAUACUGAUGCCACCAUGGCUCCGCCUUCAAUGCCUGGGUCAGCUUCGUCAGCCAUAGCGAGUCGAAGAGGUUCGAAAUCCAUACCCUCGCAGCUGGGAGAAUUGGGUUCGUCGGUUUCCUCUGGCAUGGAUAGAGCAAAUCGACUGGAACCCCCUCGAGCUAUCCGAUCCCGAACAUUCUCACAUGUUGCCGAUCCUGUCGUCACAGCAGAUACCGUGAAAGUAGACCAUUCCGUUUGGGAUUCGAAAUUGGAGGAAAAAGAUGCAACAGCCACUAUGAUUGAGAUAUCUAACCGCUCCCAGCCAAACUCUCCCACAGGAACGCCAGUUGGCUCACCUCCAAAAGAAGCAUCCUCAAUGCACAGAAAACAGGUGUCACCCAGAUCCAGCACUAUAUCCGACGAGACCAGACCAAUCGAUAUUACACCCCGUACACCUUCGACGCGCGAUAGUAUUUCACCAGCUACGCUGUCUAUAUCCGGUAGUCCACGAAGCUCAAGCUUUUCUUUAAAAAGUGAGACGAACAAACAAAACAAAACCUCUGGAUCUCAGCCUAUAGUUGACGUUCCAAAUAAUAAAACCCCUGAACGACAAGUUAUAGGAUCAAUAGGGUCGGCAGCCGCUGCUGCGCGAAAAUGGGGUUUGAAUGUUCUUAAACGGAAUGGAGAGCCGUCUUUAAAAGGAGAGAACAAAACACUAAUGCCAGAUCAUCCUAUUGGGCGGGGACACCCACUACCUCCACCAGGCACACCUCUUCCGCUUCCAGACAAGUUUGGCUUCUUGUCUAAUCCUUCCAUACCGAAACGUAAACCAUUACCCCCGCCGCUAUUACCUGAGCGACCGCAGAAGGCUUCUCGUCCUGUACCUAAUCCUCCACUUCCAAGUCGUCCUGGCUCAUCCACAAAGAAAAGCCAAGAACAAAUGUCUGACGAGCUUUUGAUCAUCGAAGCCCCUCUUGGCUCAGAACCCACAACACCAGUUACUGAUUUUUCUCCUGACGACAAAGAAAAGGAGAACACUAACUUCGUGGAAAGUUAUUUGCCUCCAAUAGAACAUAACACUUCAGUAUCAACGAUUGCAGAGUCACUUGGUGCUGAGAACAGCAAGGACAGUGACUUGAAAGCACAGGAAGACGGCACGCAAUCGACAGGAACUAUGCCCUCAAAGGAUGAGGCGAUAGCAACCCCCCCCUCUGUACUAACUUACAAUGAACAAACAGACAUCCUUCUCCAUCCGUGA